UUGUCAGCUGUGCAUCGUCGGCUGCUGUAGUGGAUGGUUGUGGAAAGGAGCUGAACUGUGGUCGAGCUGGGCCGAGUUUGGCCGAGUUUGGCCGAGUUGGGCCGAGUUGCCAAGUUGGGCCGAGGGAAUGUGCUCUUUUGCGGACAAUGCAUCCCUCACAUACAUCGUCGUACCUGCCCAUCGAAAACACCAUGACUUUUGCCCCUUUCACGAUUUCAGUUUGCUAUUUUCUUCCAAUUCUCAUCUUCUUCCCCCUUCCUCAAUCAUGUGGUUCUUCCGUCCACUCUUCCUCAUCUUUGUUCAUCCAGGCGCACACCUGUCCAUGCCCGGGUUUGAUCCUGUGGCCGAUUGUUUGGACUGCCUCCUGCUUUUUUCUUUUCUUUCCCUCAUUUUCAUGCCGUGCCGUGCCCACCAAGUAGUAUAGGGGUAUAUCGGUAACUAUACCGUUUUUG